UUUAUGAGUUAAAAGUUUGGACUGAGUUGUUCAUCAUAGGUUUCUUUUAUACAUGUGUGUGAUUGAGCAUCGACGGAUUAGUGAACAAGCAAUAAGUUGUUUAUUUGGUCAUCAUAUAUGGCAUACCUGAAAUCAAGAUCCAAAAAUGGGAUUAUUAGUAAUUUGUGUAUGGUUGUGGUGUGCAUCAUGUGUUGUGUGGAGUCCAACGAUGAUGAAGGUGCAUACAUGUUCAAGCUUAUGAAUGCACUCAAACCCCCUGCUUGGUCCAACACCACCCACAUGUGCCUGUGGAGAGGCGUGACUUGCAACGAUCAAAGUGGAAGGAUUGAAGUGAUCGAUCUCAGAUCAAUGUCGCUGACGGGAACAGUUCCUGCAGGCCUCAACGACUCCCUCUCCCAACUCAUAUACCUCUAUCUCUUCAACAAUAAUCUGAGUGGGCCUGUUCCCUCUCUCGCCAACCUCUCCUUCCUCCUAUACGUGCACCUCGGCUACAACAACUUCACCUCCAUCCCUCAUGGCUGCUUCCAAGGUCUUACUAGUUUGCAGCGGUUGAGCUUGAAUAACAAUACCAACCUCCCACCAUGGAACUUUCCUACCGAUUUGACUGCUCGCUCCUCUCAACUCCGUCUCCUCGACCUGUCUUCUACAAAUCUCAUGGGCUCCUUACCACCAAACAUAUCCCAUUCCUUCCCAGUUAUGGAGAAUCUUUAUCUUUCUAACAACAACCUCUCCUCCAUCCCUGAGGGUUGCUUCCACAACCUAACCACCCGUUUGUAUGUCCUCUCUUUGGCCAACAACACCAACCUCCCACCAUGGACCUUCCCCCUCGAUUUGACUCAUUCCUCAUUGCAACUCUCCUUUCUCAACCUCCAGGCUACAAAUCUCAUGGGAUCCCUACCAAACUUUUCUCAUUUCUUCCCCAACUUAACAAGAGUUUCUCUCUCCAACAACAACCUUACCUCCAUCCCCCAAGGUUGCUUCCAGGGUCUACCCAGUUUGGUGAGUCUCAACUUGGGAAACAACACCAACCUUGCACCAUGGACCUUCCCCAACUUGACUCACUCCACACAACUGAAAGACCUCAAUCUUACUGCUACAAAUGUCAUGGGCUCUCUACCAGAAAUAUUUGACUCCUUGCCAAGUUUGGAGACUCUUCUUCUUUCCAACAACAACCUCAGCGGUGUCUUGCCAGAGUCUUUCGGAGGGACCAAGAUUGCCACCUUGCAUCUCAAUAACCAGAAGGGUAACGGGUUUUCGGGUCCGAUUGAUAUCCUUUCAAACAUGCUUGACUUAUCUCAAGUGUGGCUUCAAGGGAACUCGUUUACAGGACCUAUUCCUGACAUGUCUCGUUGCACUGCUUUACAAGAUUUACAACUUGGUCACAAUCAAUUAACAGGUGUGGUUCCAGAUUCUCUCAUCGCUCUUCAAAAUUUGGAAUAUCUUUAUUUGGGCUAUAACUUUUUGCAAGGUCCCCUACCAAAUCUUACCUUCAGUAAUUUUGAUAGUAUGGAGAAUCUUGGUGUUAACACCACAAAUGGCUUUUGUCACAAAGAUCCAGGACCUUGUGAUCAAAAAGUGACCAUUUUGCUUCAAAUUGCUGCGAAAUUCAAGUAUCCAAUUAUGUUGGCACGUUCAUGGAGAGAAAAUAAUGCCUGUAAAAACUGGAGUUUCAUUACAUGCGAUGACAAAAAUAAGAUCAGAAUGGUGAAUUUAUCAAAUCUGAAAUUGACGGGCACAAUCUCACCUGCAUUCGCCAAUUUAAUAGAUUUGCGGGAAUUGUAUUUGGAUGGGAAUAAUUUGACGGGUGAAAUACCUGAAGGAUUGACAACAUUGCCUGAACUUGAAGUUGUGAAUGUCUCUAACAACCAUCUUACUGGAAAUAUUCCCAAAUUCUCACCAAAGGUCAACUUUAUUGCCAUAGACAAUGAUUUUCCUAAUGCUUCCUACCAUAGAAUCUCAACUCCUUUGAUUACAGGUACUUCCACCUACCUUUGCAUAACCUUCGUAUCUCUUCUCUGUCUCCCUCUCUUCUCUUCGCACUCUCUCUUCUCUCCAGUAAAGAAGACGAAGAAGCUUCCUCCACGGCGCCCUGUCACCACAGCAUUCGUUGCGCGCCUCAUCCGGCUGAGGAGAACGUUGUCGUGUCAGAGGGCGUCGCCGUCUUCCUCGUUCAUCAUCACCGUCGUGAGCCUCUCCCUUCCGAAUUUGUGGCAUGCUUGUGUUGGCCCUCUUGUCUCUUUACAAAUAAUAGAAUUUGUGGCAUGCUUGUUAACUAGUGCUGGAGUUAUUAUAAUACUUGUUUUGGUUAUUUAUAACCGCAAGAGGUGCCUUCAUUUAAUCCAUCGAGUUAUCUUCAAGACAACAUACAAUGACCACAACAUCGAGGAUUUUAUAAAAAGUUAUGAUUUUUUGGCACCAAAGCGAUCUAGUUAUUCCGAAGUGAAAAGAAUGACAAAUUCAUUUCGUGAUAAACUAGGACAAGGUGGAUAUGGUACUGUAUACAAAGCAAGUUUAACUGAUGAUCGUCAAGUUGCGGUAAAGAUAUUAAGUGAAUCUAAGGGAAGUGGGGAAGAAUUCAUAAAUGAAGUUGCUAGUAUUAGUAGGACAUCUCAUGUGAAUAUUGUCUCACUUUUAGGAUUUUGUUAUGAUCAAGGCAAAAGAGCACUCAUUUAUGAAUUCAUGCCUAAUGGUUCUCUAGAUAAAUACAUCUACAAAGCAAAAUCUGCCGAAGCUUUUCGUAGUUUGGAUUGGAGUGUUUUAUACAACAUUGCAAUUGGUAUUGCUCAAGGGUUAGAAUACUUGCAUCAAGGAUGCACAACAAAAAUUUUGCAUCUUGAUAUAAAACCUGAAAACAUUCUUCUAGAUGAACACUUUUGUCCAAAAAUCUCAGAUUUUGGAUUAGCUCGAAUCUGUCAAAAGAAAGAGAGUAAUGUAUCUAUUUUAGGCACAAGAGGAACUCCAGGUUACAUUGCACCAGAAAUAUUUAGUCGAGCAUACGGUAGAAUUUCUGAUAAAUCUGAUGUAUAUAGUUAUGGUAUGUUGAUUCUUGAGAUGUUUGGAAAAAGAAAAAAUUUCAACAAUAAAGAAUCACAUCGCAGUGAAAUGUAUUUUCCUGAUUGGAUAUAUGAAGAUCUUGAUCAAGAUAAUAUUCUUGGUAGACACUCUGAUAUUUCAGAUGAAGAUAAUGAUAUGAUAAAGAAGAUUAUAUUAGUAAGUUUGUGGUGUAUUCAACCAAAUCCAUCACAUAGGCCAUCAAUGAGUAAAGUUGUGGAGAUGUUGCAUGGAGAACUUGAGUCCGUGCCAUUUCCUCCAAAGCCUGUGUUGUAUUCUCCUGAAAGGUCUCAGUUAGAAAUGUUAGAUACAUCUUCUAGUAGCAAGCAUGAGACAAUUUUAACAACCACAGAGGAAAGUAGUUCCAUACAUGAGAUCAAUAAAAAUGUCUCAUGUUAAUAUGAUUGUAAAAUAUCUUGUACCUUUUUUGUAUUUGAGUGCAGGUAAACAUGUUUAAUGUUGUUCUCAUAUAGACCUAUAAUAUAUAUGUUGAUGAUUUA